AUGAAUGGCUCCGGAGCCAUGUCGCCUGUCUCCAUCGAUGGCAGCGACUGGUCUGGCCUCAAUACGUAUCAGAAGUCGGACCCGCCCUUCUCCCCGACAAUCUCAUCAAGAGGCAAUCUGGCUACUCCUCCUACCUCCGGCGUCCCCAGCGCGCCCUUGAGCCCGACAGUGCCGACACCUACCGGCAGUGGAAACCCUUCUCCGCCCAGCUCGAUCGCUGCGAGAUCCAGUGUCGGCACCCUGGGGGGCGAUGGCCCUCCUACCGGCAUACGACGUCGUCAAAUGGAGGAAAUCCUUUCAUCACAUUACACUGCCUUAAAGAGAUUCCUCAACGCCUCGUAUCGCGACGAUCGACUAAACGCCCGAUCGAACAAAGCCCGCGAUAAGCUUCUCCGCCUUUCACCCACACAAUUCCACGAGCUCAGUACCGAUGUGUACGAUGAACUUAUCCGACGCCAGCAGGCCACACCGCCGCCUGGCCGACCUCCUCGCCCCGAUGUACCUACCUUCCUCCCUCCCCGUGCGGAUUUCCACGAGAAACGUAAUCAUGCACGCUCAAAGCUGGCUUCCCUUCAACACCAGCGCUUCCGAGACUUAGCCACCGAUGUUUUCUGCGAGUUGGAGCGUCGAUUCCCGCAUUUUACAGGCCGAGGGCGACCACCGCCUGGUGGUAUGCCCCCGGGCGCUCGGGGCUCACAGUCUCGUGGAGGUGGUCGCAUGGGUGGCGGUCGAGGAGGAUAUCCGUCUGGUGGACCUCCCAGCCCAUUCCCUCCUCGAACAGGUUCUCUUGGUGGCCCGCCAUCAAUGAAUGGAGAUGGACCGUUCCCUCGAUCCUUCCAAAGCAAUACAAUGGUUCCUAACAAGAGUACCAUGGUGGAGGAUAGUGAUGACAUGGGCGCGGAUGAUGACGAUGAUGCUCGGAGCGAUGCAUUCGCAUUGGACGCAGUGCUCAGCAGACGGGGAACCACGACAACGCUCGGUGACAGUGAAAGGAAGUUAUUGAUGGAAAGCCAAUCGCAAAUUUCGGCAUUGUUAGACAAGGUCGAAAAGCUGGAGGAACAGGUUCGCGCUAAGGAUGAGGAGCUGGCCCGAUCAUCCGACGCAGACCAAUCUGGAGUCAGCUCCAAUGAACGUCAGGAGUGGGAUGAUCUUAGAUUCGAACUUGAGAGCAAGGUCUCCAAGGCCGAGGAUUUGAAUAGCUCGCUUCAGUAUGAACUUGAUAGAGUCCGGGCAGAGCAUGAAAGCAUGGAGCGUGAUCUUCGCGGGCAGCUUGAUGAGGCUGCUAGCGCUUCGGGAGAUGCAGACUUAAUUGUCCGGUAUGCAGAAUUGGAGAGCAAGCACCAAAGCUUGCAAGCUGAACUGCAGAAGCAGGAGCAGCUUACACAGGAGGUUCGGCGCGAGACAGCUGAAUUCCUUAUGGAGAUGAAGACCAUCACUGCUCAGAGCCAUUCCAACUGGGAACGCGAAGAACAAUUGUCCAACAACGUUCACCGCUUGGAGACUGAGGUCAACGAGUGGAAGCACCGUUAUGCGAAAGCGAAGUCCCAGUUGCGCCAUCUUCGCACUUCAUCUGGCGGUAUGUCUGACCAUGGGCCUGACGCAAGCGUUCUUGCCAAGGAGCAUGAACUGGUGCAGGUUGAUGGUGUCGUCAAGGAUAUCUAUGUCACCAAGUUCCAGAUGGCUAUUGACGAGCUCCUCCGCGUGGCCCGCUUCGAAGACUCCCAGGACGUCCUUGUUCACGUUAAAUUCGUCAUUAUGGCUGUUCGCUAUAUGAUUCAAGAUGUGGAUCAAGCGCCGGUGCCCGUCGACGGCUCAGCCACCAUUCGCAUGAAGGCUAAGGGCAGGGUGUCUGCGACUGCUAAUAACAUGAUUACCGCCGCUCGCAACUUUGCAAACUCCAGUGGUCUCUCGCCAGUCUCCUUACUCGAUGCUGCGGCCUCGCAUCUUUGCACUGCCGUCGUGGAGCUGGUGCGCGUCGUCAAGAUUCAGGCUUCCCCAGCCGAUGAGGUUGACGACUAUGAGGUGGAUGUCUCUCAGGAAAAGUUCCCAGACUAUCUGAGCACGUCUGAUAGCCAGAGACGGUACAGCAACCACUCUCAAUAUAGUGCCAUGAGUCACCCUGGCGACGACCACCCCGUUAUGCAGAAUAGCAUGUCUAAUGGCUUCAACUAUGGGGCCCCGCAGGGUGACCACGAGCUUCAGGAACUGAAGUACUAUGUCGAAGAUCAGACCGAUGGCAUGGUUCAAUCUAUCCAGUCUUUGGUGGCUAGUAUUCGGUCUGAACAGGAAAUGAACAUCGUCCAGACCCACAUCUCCACCAUCUCGAACUUUGUCGCCAACGUGGUUAGCUCUACAGAGAACCUGAUCCACGAACGCAGUGGUGAUACCGCGCUGCAUGAAAAGUCCGCGCCAAUCAUUCAGACCCUAGGUGAAUGCCGUGGCCGCCUGAUGAACACUGCCGCCGAGGGCCAAGAUGUCACUAACCCCGAGCAACUACGAGAAGUGACAAACCAGCUUCCUCCGAUUGCAUUCGAAAUUGCGCGACAGACCAAGGAGCUUGUACAGCGCCUUGAGUCGUUGGCGCAAGGCGACGACGAAGAUGAUUUCCGGUGA